UCCUCCCGCCUUGUGUUUCCCACUGAGCCGGUGUAAGAGGACGUCGCGGUACCGACACAACGGUCUUCGUUAACUGCGUAUUUUAAUAUUAUUUUGUUAGGUAUAAUUUGUAUAACCUUCGCGCUAAAUAUUCGGCUACAUUGGACUUAUUUUUGGAUAGCAAGAAGGUUUUUCCCAUUCAGCCCCUUCCGGCGCUGGUGAAAGGAUUCCUACCGCGUUUUUGUACACGCAUCGUGGAAUUAAGCUCAGCUGAAUUAACGGCACUCAACUGUUUCUUCUAAACUUAUCGGAAAACUACACUUGUAUUUUGGAGAGGGAUGUUGCUUUCCAAGCUGAAUUCUCUGGCCCACAUGUCGGACAUGCCGGUGAAGAUCCAGCUCCAGGUUCAUCCAGUUAAGGAAAAGGAGCCAUUUGAGAAACUGUAUCAGGUCGGGGCGGUGUUGGGAAGCGGUGGAUUUGGCACUGUCUACUCUGGUACAAGGAUAUCUGAUGGAGCUCCGGUUGCCGUUAAACAUGUGGCCAAGGACAGAGUCUCUGAGUGGGGAGAGCUGCCUAAUGGGUCAAGAGUCCCCAUGGAAAUCCUCCUCCUGAAAAAGGUCAGCACUGGCUUCCGUGGUGUUAUCAAGAUGCUGGAUUGGUUCGAACGACCAGACAGUUUCAUCAUUGUGAUGGAGCGUCCUGAACACGUCAAGGACCUAUUUGACUUCAUCACAGAACGAGGAGCCCUGCCCGAAGAACUGGCCCAGAGCUUCUUCCGCCAGGUUCUGGAAGCUGUUAGACACUGCCACAGCUGCGGAGUGGUGCACAGAGAUAUCAAGGACGAGAAUAUCCUCAUUGACCUCCGCACUGGAGAAAUGAAGCUCAUCGAUUUCGGUUCAGGUGCCCUCCUGAAGGACACCAUCUACACUGACUUUGACGGCACCAGAGUGUACAGCCCACCGGAAUGGAUCAGGUACCAUCGUUAUCACGGUCGCUCAGCUACUGUGUGGUCUCUCGGUGUCCUGCUGUACGACAUGGUGUGUGGGGACAUCCCGUUUGAACACGAUGAGGAGAUUGUCAGAGGACAGGUUCUGUUUCGCAGAAGAAUCUCUACAGAGUGUCAGCAGCUCAUUAAGUGGUGUCUGUCCCUGAGGCCGGCUGAUCGGCCGUCCUUUGAGGACAUAAUCAACCACUCUUGGAUGCAGCACACGCUCUCCUCUGCGCUUCCGUCGACGGCACAGCAGGAGAAGAGCGGCACCGAGAUAAGACUCCACAGCAUCAGCCAUGAGUCCACAGCCUUUACACCCACACCCGUAGCAGUGGCUCGAUGAAGCUGAAGGCCAGCAGUUUGAUCGAGGUCAAACUGAACCGCACUAAGAGAACUGCAGAAAGACUCUUGAGAGAGACUUGAAGCGGAGCACACAGCGCCUGCUGUUCCGGGGCCACAGGACGUGGCAGAGAUCAGGACGGUAUCUGCAGGGCCCAUUCGCUUGCUGCCCCGUCCCCCGACUGCCUACUGAUUGACUGUGAUAUCUGUAGACUCACACCAGCCAGAGUUGGAACAUCCUCCUCCAUUGACAGGCAUGCACGAGCAAGUUUAGAGCCCAGCACUGCCCUGAACCUUGCACCGUUGAAUGGCAAGGUUAUGUAACUACCUGCGGCGGUGUACUCUGCUGCCUUGUCUGUCUAGUACAGAGGUAGGAAUGUCCUGAUCAGCUUUUCUUGGGUUCCAGAUUGCAAAACUUUACCAUUCAGAUUUGCUCUCUGUGUGUGUGGAAAGCUGCCUCAGAUAGAGAUCGGGACAUUUGCCUAAUAAGGAUGUUCGCGAAGAGAGGGCUUGUUUUUUUACUUUAAAAGUGCCUUCUGUGAGACUGUUGGGGGACAAGACCACGAAAAUACUUGAAAUUGUGAAAGCAUAAACAGGUUUCUUUACACUAAAGCCUUUUAUGCUCCGUAUUCUGCAAAAGGCUUUACCAUUUUCUGCUGGGGUUUUUUUCCCUCUAUUGGGCACAGAUCUGUAAAGUCUGUCACUCUCACUCAGCGGGGCUGUCACUUUUCAACCUAAGUUAAAAAUGAAUUUGGUUUUAAGUUAAAUUACGAUCAUUAACCAUCAUUUGCGUCAGUGUUCAUCAGAAAAAGGAAGCAUUGAUGCCAUGAUAUUGAUUUAAAAAAAAUAAUAAACCUAAACAGUUCUGGGCAAUGUUUCCCAGAAGACCAUUAGACAAAAAGGUGCCAGCCGCAAAGAGUCACUACUUCUUCUUUUUAGCAACUUCACGACCUCAUGACCGGGACUACAACCUGUCAUAACGAGGAAAAACACUGGACUUACCUCACACUCUAUGAUCUCUUUACUACACCAAUAGCACAACCUCCGCCCUUCUGCUUCCUCAUCUUCUUUGUCACGUGUCUGUACUGUUUACAAACACCAGGCGUAGACUAACCUCACUAACACCCACAUAUGAUUGACGUACACCACAACGCAAAUUUGAAAACACACAGCAACAACACCUACACGUGACAUUCUCUCCGUCGUUCACCUCUUAUUUUUUUUAUUUAUUUUUUUUUUCUUUUUUGCCUCGCAACAACAGGUGUUAAUUUAAGAAAGUGAAGGUGGGAAAUAAGAGUUUAUUAUUUUUAAUGUAACCACUCUGUCUACUUCUCUUACACACCUAAUGGGCUAUGUUUAUGGUCACAGAAACUAUUUAUUUAUUUAUGAGAUUAUUUUUUUCCCCCCUGGAUAUUUGUAUUUAGUAUUUUUUCAUUCCGCAGUUGCUUAAAGGCACAGAUUAUUUAAAGAAUAAUUUUCUCUGACCAUAUUUAUUAUGGAUUGAAAUGAUGGAUUAAAAAGAGUAGGUCUGUCUGUUAAUGUAAUUGUGUAGUCCUGAAGCCACUUCCAUCUUAAUAUAUGUAAUUGAUGAGCAUCUACUGAUGGUAACUGGUUUGUUACACUGUUGUCUGCUGUUGACUGAGAGGAUUCACCGUGUGUGCGUGUAAGAAUGAGGAAAUUGUUGGUUGCUUGAUGCCAACUCAGAUUGUGUCUGUGUUGUGUUUUUGUUUUGUCUUUUUAUCGUCCAUUUGAAUUAAAUUGUAGAUUGUUAGGAAAUAUUUUUAUACAAUUUCAAUAAAUAUUUUUUAACAGAU